AUGUCUCAGGAUUCUUGGUCAAGAGGUACAAGAGACCAGUCUCAUCCCAGAAGCAUGCACUCAGUUUCUCCAUCUCUCCCCCAGCGCUCACUACACGACCACCUCCGACCUCACCACUCAUUGCCAUCUCCUCCCCAACAGGAGCAUUCCUUCACACACAUGCAAUCCGAUAACUACCACACCCAUCACCAACACCAUCACCACCGCUCAAACUCUCCUCUAUCACCUCCAGCUUCAGAAGGCCUCAUGUCUCCCAUGAACCACCAGUACCAGCAGGACCCGCAGGACAAGCUUCCAAUGGACCCCAGCCUUCCCGGUAUCUGGAUGUCAAACGAUACCAACAUGCUUCAAGGCCAUGCCGGCGCUGCAUCUCCUCCACCGCUCUUUUUGGAGGAUAUUCUCCGCGCUGAGGACCCCCAUAACAUGCCAGUAAUGGGGGGCGGGUUUAUGGACGACCACGAGUUUCAGGACCAUGGCUUGGGCAUCCGCGCCAUGAAGAGGGCCAGGAGUGCGGAUAUCUCGUCAGUAGUGGACAUGCACAGCCAUUAUGAGGGCUCUCCAGCUCCAUCAGGUGCGCCAAGGGACAGGAAGAAGAGGCGCUUGACGGACCCCAGCGAGGCAAACUUCCAUUGCAACAAGUGUGGAAAGUACUUUUCAAGGAUAUGGAACUACAACGCGCACUUGGAGACCCACGACCCGGAUAGGCCAAGACCCCAUAUCUGCAGAGUUGAGGAGUGCAAGAAGGCAUUCGUAAGAAGGACGGACUUGACUAGACAUCAGGCUUGUGUCCACGCAAAGGAGAAGAAAUUCCGCUGCGAGCUCUGCAACAACAUGUUUGCCCGCAAGGACACUCUCAGAAGACACGAGGAUGAUGGUUGCCCGAAGAGAGUCGACAUCGCGUCCAGAGCAAAUAAGAACAAGCCAAUCGUAUGGAACUCGCAAGCUCUCAGCUUCUACACCUCAAUGCAGCAACAGCAGCGGGAAGACGCCUUCUCAAACAUGGGCUACGACUCACAGAUGCGAACAGCCCCCUACGACAACGGCAUGUCUUCACACCUCCCGCCGCUUUCUGAUAUCGUUCCUAUCCAGAAAGCUGCAACUACCAUGUGGUGA